AUGGUAGACAAAGCGCUAAAUGAGAGCAAGUAUAUAGAUCAUCCAUUACUCAAGGAUAAAAUAAAAAAGAUGAGCGAGCACCUUAUGCUCUCGAAGUUUCCACUUCAAGCUGAAUUUUUCUUUCUCGCUUACGAGCUGCUCGAAAAGCCAGAAAACAUAACCAGUGACAAAUUGCGGCAAGCGUAUUAUGUGGCCUGUGCUUCAGAACUGAACGAUCUCACCGAAUAUAUGGACGUAAAUCAAACAAUGACGUUAAAAUCUAACACCGACAUAAUAAACGGGAAGUGCACGUGGACAGCUGUUGCAGCCUUGAAACAUUUCAAUGCGGAACAAAGGAAGAUUUUCGAGGAAUGCUACAAUAGUUCUGACCCGGAGAAGAUUAAACGCGUGCUACGGUUGUACGACGAGGUGAACAUGCGAGACUUGUACAGGAAAGAGGAGAAGGCACGAUAUGACUUGUUCUUGGAGAAGGUUAGCAAACUGCCAGCAGACAGUGUACCAUCUCCCGAUUUCUUUAUCACUAUCCUGAGGUACUUCCAGAGUUACACCACCAACAUCUCAAGAUAUUACUACAUU